UUCUUUUUUUCUCGAUCGUUUUUCUUUUUUUGCUUUCUGAGAGAUUCAAGAAUGCCUGAGUCUGUUGCUAGCCUCAAGAGAGAGAACAGUAAGCUUAAAGAUCAACUGUCUGUCAUGGCGGAUGAGAUUGCUAAGAUGAAGGAGAUGCUGCUGGAGCAGUCAAAAAAACCUGCAGCGACUAAUGACGAAGUAGAGCAAAGCUUAGAAUUCAUGAGUAAAGAAUAUGAUGACUUUGAGCGAUUCAGGGUCUCUGCUGGUAAAGAACUUGAUCGCUUAGGUGCCAUGCUUGAUGAGAUUGCUGUUGAAGUUAACAGAGUUUCCAGGAGCAUCGAUGAAUUUCAAGAGUACAGUUAUCAAUAUAAUGUUAAGAUUGUUGGUGUCCCUCAAUUGAAUCAAGAUGAAUCCUCGGCCUCUACGAGUGAGCUAUGUGAUCGUUUAUUUAAGGCAAUUGGAUCCGCUGUAUCAAUUCAUGACAUUGACACAGCCCAUCGAGUCCCAACAAGAAGCAAUGACAAUGGCGGCCCGCGGCCAAUCAUUUGUCGAUUUAUUAGACGAUUGUCAAAAGAUGAUGUCAUGAAUCAUAAAAGAAAUGCAAGUAAAGUUGCCCCAUCUGCUGUUGGUUUACCUGACGGUGCCUCCCUUUCCGCUGUUAGAAUUUUUGACCAUUUAACGCCAAGGAUGCAAAAGGUUUUAUUUGAAGCUAAGAGGUUCAAGGAGCAGUUUCGCUAUCAAUAUUGCUGGUCGAAGGGAUCGCUUGUUUAUCUUCGUAAAGAUACCACGUCUCGAGCCAUCAAGAUUAAGGAUAUCACGGACCUGCACCGAUUAACGAAUGGACGUGAAGGCUAAGUAUUCAUGUUGAUGUAGAGUUGUUUGUCUGUUUUUAGAUAAUAAGUAUGAGUGUUAGCGAGAAACGUGUUCGUUGUACAAUUAAAUCUACCCUAAGCGAACUUCCAUACGCGAAU